AUGUGGAAUUCUCAAAAAUGCAUUAAAUAUUAAGAUUAAUUUAUGAUAAUAUCUUAUUUACAUUAAAAAAGAUUUGAAUAUUUUAAAAACAUGGAGGACACAGAUUAACUUUUGUUUGCAAGUUUAUAACAAUUUGGAUUUAAUUUAGGAAAUAAGAAGAUCACUUCUUUGUUUGAUGUUGAUGGAGAUAUUCUUAGAUCAAUAUGCUUUCAGUUUUUAGAAUUUAUGGGAUCAAAAGUGACCAUUAAUUCUAUGAAAGGAUAACAAAAAUUCCGUUAAUCAACACAAAUAUCUGAAGAAUUGAAAAACCUUUGCAAUCUUCGUAUAGAUAUUAAUUCUCUUCUUUCACCUUCCAAGGAUGAUCUUAGAAAAAUUGUAGUUGCAAUUCUUCAAAAAAUUUCUAUGCAUGAAGAAGGUGAUAAUCCAAGAUUAAACAUUAGUUAGCGUGGGGGAGCUUAGGCAUUUGACAGCUAUGAAGAUAAAAUUAGAUAUUUGCAAGAGUAGCGUCGUAAAGAAAUUCUAAAAAAUUGGGUCAAUGAAGAAUGGAUACAUCCUGCAUUAGGAAAUAAUAAAUUUAAUUAGUUUAGAAUGUAUGACAAUGAAUUAGUUCUUGAUAGCAAUUCUUUGAGCAACAAGUUAAUAAUUGACAUAAUAAAUGGGAAAAUGAAGCAAAACCUCUAUGCCUCCUUAGCAAAAAUAAUAGAGAACAGGGCUUUGAAAGCUUAGAUUGAUGAAAUGGAAGUAUAUGCAGAUGUCUAAAAAAUAUCUGAAUAGAGACAUUAAUUACAAAUCGAAGAAAUUAAAAAAUAGGUUGCCACUGAAGUGACUAAAGCAUCCAAAAAGAAAGUUAAUCGUAUUGCUGAAUAAUUUACAGAGUAACCUCAAUAAACAGAAGAGGAAGUCAAAUAACAACUAAAUGAAGAAAAGCAAACAAUUUUUAACCUUGAAAUGCAAUUCUAAGAGGAAUAAACUGUACAUAACCCAGUUCUUGAUCCACAAAAUGACGAGAAAAACGAAAGGUCUUUAAAUAAAAGUAAUGCAGAAACAUUGAAUAGUAGUAAUGCUUUGUUAAAUAGCAGCAAUUCUUUAUUAAACAGUGCUAAUAACAAUUCAAGCACAACUUAAGCCUCCAAACCUAUGACCAGUGCAGCAAAUAACUCUAGAUUAUCUUUAGGAAAAUCUAACUUAAAUAUUGGUAUAAAUAUUGAUGAACUCAAAACAAACAAUUCAAAGGAAAUAAGCACUCUAUCUUAAAAAUAUGAAGAAUUAUAAAAUAAAAAGUAGAAGUACGCAAAGGAAAGAGAAAAAAUGGAAACUAAUAUUUAAUAAAAAACAGAAGAAGCAGAAGUUUUAAAGGAAUAAAACAAGCAAACUAAGAAAGAUAUAGAAAAUAUGGAAAUGCUUAUUAAAGAAUUAGAAACCAAAGGUGGAAGCUCUGAACUAAAGAAAGAGAUAAAAGAACUAGAGCAAGACAUUCAGUAAAUAGAAAUAGAAUGGAAGGAAUAUUAAGAAACUGAUAUUAAAAAGCUAGAAGAGCUUAAAGAUGAACUUACCAAGAAAAAAGAGAAAAGAGAACUUAUAAAAGAUAAAAUAAAAAGAAUCGAUACUGAAUUGCAACAAGUUAUACAAGACCUUUAAAUGGCUUAUGAAAAAAAAGUAUAGCUUGUUGAAGAUUACAAGAGAAUGCCAUAAGGAGGUAAUCGUUAAGAAUAUAUUAAGAAAAUUAUGGAAAUCAAGAAAAACUAUGACAAACAAAGAGGAGAUAUCUAAAAAAUUAUUCAAGAUGUUAAAUCUGUAGAAGAAUCUAUUUAGUAUUACCAAGGUACUUUAGAAAGACACAUGAACGAAUUAGAAGCAAUAUACAAUACUGAUGCUAAGAAAAAUGAGUCUUUAAGUAAAUAGAUUUUUAAGAUUUAUCAAGAAUAUCGCACUAUCUUUGACUAAACUGUCAAUAACUUGAGGGAAGUUGGAAAUAAAAUGAUUGAGUCCCGUUCUAUUGAGGCAAAAACUGUUUUAUUAGCUACUAAGCAUUAUGACCAAAGCUUUGAUAAACUCAAAUAAGACAUAGAAGAAAUUCGCUAAGAAAACAUGAAGUUAUAAAAAACUGUGAAAAAUUGA